AACCAUCUUUAGUUAGUGAUUUUGGGAAUCAGAAAUGCGGUAAGCUCGCACGUUGCCGCGAUGUAAAAGUCUUUAAACAAACGUAUUUAUCGGAAGUCGGAAAUCCUGAAGGCUUUGUUACUGGGAUCCCAUUGGAAACAUCCGAGGAUACAAAUAUCGGUGAUGCUUUAUUGUAUUCUAAGUGUAAAUAAAAUGCUUUAGGGAAGUAGUUAGUAAAUGGGAAAUUACGGCGCGUAAUAAAUUCAAAAUGCACCGAGGGAAAUAAUUGACUGUUCAGCUGAUAAUYGAGGAAAGUGAAACCCACACACAAUACSCCAACAUUGGCUGUUUUAGGAAAUGACUCUCCUCUGCGCAGAACUCAAAGAUGUUUUUGAGUAAUGGAGCAUAAAYCCYCGGGGCAAGGAAGAAAACCAGCCUAUUUUUUUCUGUCUAAAUUGUGUUGACUUCUCAGUUUUCAUACAUGUUUGACACGCUGUCUUUAAUUAGGGUCAGUUUCUCCAGCCUUUCAUUUGUCAACAGAUUGAGCACACUUGAUACCUCAAAUGGCUAAGGAUGAACUUUGCGGGGAACUUUGUGUAUUUUGUUUAAAUCAAGACUAGACACUCUGCUAAAUACUACGGAAUCAAGGAGCCACACAGCCGAGAAGUACGUAAAUGUAAGGAUAUCAAAAAAGAUCUUUCACGAAACUAAAACCUACUGUUUAAGAAGCAGAAAGCGUUGAAGAAAACAUUGAAGAAGCAAGCUAAGAAACUCGCUACAGUAUUUUAGUCCAUUUUGCGGAAGCAGGGACAUUUCUGAAAGAAUCUGUUUUCGAGAAUGUUAUGAGUUGUUGUUGGAGAUACAGAAACAUUUGAUAAGGUGGCCCUGCUGAUAACGAGAAAAUUCGCGUUGGUUAAAUUCGUUUUUCCAGGACCAAAAGGAACUGCUCAAAGUAAUUCACAGGAAAUCGUCCAAUCAUCUUUAUUUCAUAUACAGAAAUUCAUUACUUGCUCCGCGUUGUCCAGAAUCCGUCACCUUGGAAAUAAAGUUCRGGAAGCGGYUAAAACAAGAAGCAACGAAAAAACCGUGUCCAGAGAUCUCUAGCGCAAAUUGAAAUCAGCAUCAAAAUCCACCGCUACAGAAGACCAUAACAGAAUAAGUUGCUGCUUUAGGACUAUAUCACAAGUCAGACUGAUAAAUAUUGACAGUAAAUAUGAAUGGUUCUACUGCAAACCAAACGCAUCAACCUAACCUCGAGAUUUCUUUUAUACCCUGGGCGUUUUUUAACGCACUGAUAAUUGUAUUCGGUAGUAUUGGGAAUGUAUUGGUGGUUUUGGCCUACAGGAACCCUCGUAUGAAAACAGUCACAAAUCUAUUUAUUGCAAACUUAGCUUUUGCUGAUUUAAACGUUGUUCUUAUAAAUGUUCCYAUAAACAUACUAAGACUUAAGCUGGCCGAUUGGCCGUUUGGUUUAGUUAUAUGUAAGAUUGUAACAUCUCUCAUGGGAAUGACCCUAUCUGCGUCUGUGGGUUCUCUUAUUGCUAUAGCGGCGGACAGACACCGAGCUAUCGUACAUCCUUUAAAACCAAGAAUGCGAACAAGACAUGCCUUCUAUAUUAUCAUCGCUAUAUGGACUGGAGCAAUACUUGUUGCCACUCCGAUGCUUUAUUUUGCGAAGAUCGACAAAGAUGGAGCAUGUAUYGAGAACUUGCCUAUGAUUGGAUCAGUGCAGCUGGUACGAGUCUAUACGUAUUUCAUCUUUGUUGCUUUGUAUGUGUUGCCUUUGGGAGCUAUUAGUGGACUCUACUUUAUGAUUUACCUGAACCUGAUGCACAAGGCACCUCUUCAAAAAAGUGCCCACAGAGCACGAGUCAGCGUCGUGCGCAUGCUCAUAAUGGUGGUCGUUGUUUUUGCACUUUGCUGGCUUCCAUAUCACGCAGUUUUUCUCGAUCCAGGCGAAAUAGACCAAACUAAACUUUAUGCUGUCUAUUUUGGGAUAUGGCUGGCUUCAGCGAACAGUUCAUUCAAUCCCAUCAUUUACGCCGUAUUCAAUCUAAACUAUAGAAGAGAAUUUGCACGUAUUUUAACGUGCGGGACAAUUAACGUAGGGAAAUACCUUGGAUGGGACACAUCUACGGAUGACCCAAGGACGCACGUAAGUAUUCGAAAAUCGCAUCCAAUGGAGAAAAUGCCUAAUAAAAAUGGAGAAAAUAUGAACCUAGUUGACGAUGGCAAGCUUUGCCGAGGCAUUCGGAAGCAAGAGUUGAAUGGAAACAACUUAAUUGAGAAUGAAAGAUCGUCGUUACCAAAACACGACGAAGAACAGAACAAAUAUAUUGCAGAAAAUUAAAUGAUUGAUAAACGUAACGGCUCUAACGCGUAAUCGUAGCGUAGCUAGGGUAUGGACCUAUACGGUGAAUCCAUAACGCACACGUAAUCCUAAYGUAGUCCCGUAACGUAGUCCUAACCUCAGUGGCGAAUUCAGAACGUUACCGAGGAGGAGAGAGAUUUGGGGCUGUGGAAAAUGAAACUUUGUUCAGAUCGACGAGCUCUAGUGUAGUUGUUUUUCACAAUGAUACCCAUUCAGUAUUAAUUUCUCAGUUCUUUUAUUCAUGUAUAUCAUGCUUUCUAUUUCUAUAUUUAUGAGCCCUAAAAAGGGAGUAGAAUCACCCCCUGGAUCUGCACUUGAACCUGACAGUAAAUAAAUCUCACGUCGUCGUUGCCUAUAACCUAAAGUACUAUCGCCUUAGUUUUGGUCUGUGCAACAGAACGUAUYAGUCUUACGAUUUAAGGCGGUGUAUCAUAUAAACUCGCACGCAAAGCUUAUUUAAAAACGUUCACUUAAGUGGAGGAAGGGGUGGGGCGAAAUCCCUCCCCCUAGCCUUCUUGACACAAGUCUUAUAAUAUGAAGUGUACGAACAAUGAUAAACUGUUAGCUUUUGAUUGAAUUCAAAAUUUAAAUGACACCUAAAUACCAUACAUAAGUGUACCUCUUUCAUACUGUACAAUUAAUUCUAAAAAUCUGGGAUUGUUGGAGUGAUUUUCAUCAGUAAACUCGAGAAAUAAAAUAAAAACUGUGUUCAUUUUUCCUUGAA